AUGUCGUCUGCUCAUCGCCCAACAUGGGAGCCGGCUCAGGCCAAGUCGGACCGCUCACACAUGUCGAUGGCGUUCUCGAAGCAUUCGCUUCCUGCCCAGACCAAGCUCAAGUUCCGACGGCCUGGCGACGUGCAGAAACGCUCGCUGCAAGAACUCAAGGACCAAUUGGCAGCAGGCGAAAAACGUGCGUAUGCUCAGCGUCAUCCAGAGGAAGAGUUUGCAUCAGAGGAAGAGUCGAAGCGACAGAAGGUCCUGGCUUCCGCGGAAGAACUGGAUGCAGACGAUGAGGACAUGCACAUCCCGGCCGGCGAAGCUCCCCCGUCACGCACGUUGCAGGAGGACGACGAUGACGACGAUGAUAGUGAUGUCGACAGUGAUGAGGAUGACAGCGACGAGGAAGAUGAUGCAGAGGCUCUGCUACGUGAGCUAGAAAAAAUCAAGCAGGAACGUCGCGAAGAGCAAGAGCGGCGCGAGCAGAGUGAGCAAGCGCAAGAACAGCUUACGCGUGAAGAGGAGAUUGCGCGUGGCAAUCCCCUUCUGAACUUGGAACAAGCGCUUCAUGGCCGCACUACCACCACCUCCGCGCAGCCUGCGCGAUGGGACGAUGAUUUGAUCUUCCGGAACCAAGCGGCCCAAGCAGACAAUGGCCUCAGCAAGCGUGGAUUUGUGAACGAUCUGACCCGCACGGAAUUCCACAAGAAGUUUAUGAGCCGCUAUAUCAAGUAA